CGGUGAGGGGGGACGUUGUGACUGACGCGCUCUCAUUAAAAAGUCACAUUUCAUAAGUAAUUAAACAGAAACGCCUGAAACUAACGCUAAUAAUUGUGAGAUGAAGUGCUGGACUACUUAUAUAACAAGGACAGAAGUGGAUUUAAGUGAUUAAUGAAUGAAAACAAGAAAAAGCGAAAAAAAAAUCUUCGCUCAAUAAAAUAAAUAAAUAAAUAGAUAAAAUAAAUGUAUUGAAUAUUUAUAAGUGAUGGUUACAUUAAUAACACAAUCAACAACAAAGAGGAACAGCAAGAGGAAGAAGAAGAGGAAGAGGAAGAGGAAGAAGAAGAGGACCACAAGGAUCUUGGUGUUGAUGAUAAGCUCUUGGGAAAAUGACAAUCCACAGAGGACAUGUCUGUUGUCAAAAUAACAGGUGUACUUCUUACAUUGAGUGGGUGGUCAAGAGGCCCAGGAGCUUUUCUCCGGUGUAAAGGCUGCUGCAGAUCUGUAGGACGGUGGAGUUUCCUGACACAAGCUGAGGCUAAGCUAGAAGGACCUACCUUAAGGUCCUUUGAGAUACCAGGAGUUGUUUCAAGAAAGCAUGGCACCAGUGACUCUGAGAAUUCAGAAGAAGGUGGUGUCUUUGUAAGUCCAGAGCCUGAGGAUACUCAGUCUCAAUGGCGAAUGAGGUUAAGAGAGACGGGCGAGUGAGCAGAGCCCCUCUGAAGAGCUACGUCCACGCAGAAGGAAGGGAAGUGAAAGAUGGAGAAAGGACACCACCACCACAGUAGCCAGAUGGAUGCCAGUGAGGAACCCUUUGUCAUUCAUACUCCUCUUAUUAACAAACAAAAGGUCAAGGUAUGGGAAGCAUCACCCCUUCACCCCAGACACCCUCCCCACACCCCAGGCCCCACACACCCCUGGGGAGAGGCAGGAACACACCCCAAACAGCUGUCAUGUCUCAAAAUCAAAUCAAAGGGAAUUUUUGAAGACUUGGGGUUCAGACAGUGGUACCCCUGCUUCUCCCCCAACCCCACACCCCGGACGCCCCUCCAUGCCACCCCGUGGACACCCUGGGGGAGGCUGCCGCACCCCAUGCACCCCACACACCCCAUGAAUGCCGACAGUGGGUGCCCAGAGUUGCAUCACAAAACGCAAGCCUGGACCCAGUUGACUUCACACAGUCUUCUCAGCCCUCCCACAGCCUUUGACAGCCUCCCACAGUGCAUCACAGCCUCCUACAGCAUUGGAUGCCAGAACACAGCACACCAAUCCUUCCCACAGUGGCCAGAAACAGCACACAGCAAAAUGGUUAACCAGAAUGAACAGACACACGAACUGACACACAUAGACACAGCGCCAAACGCCAUAGAGCCAACGCACAGCAUCCCACAGCAGCCAGGGGGACAGCACAGCAUCACGGACUCCCCAGACACCCUCAGAACACCACAGCACACAGCACAGGAUGAAAUAUUAAGCUUAGCCUUUGCAUCACCUGUCAUAAACAGCACUGGGGGAGAUGACAGCACACAGUGGCACACAGCAGGGACCCAGGGACUAGUGAGGACUGAACAGCAAGCCACAGCAUCACCACACCCUGUGGAUGCUGUGAGGGAAGCAGGACGACCACACACAAGGCACAAGAUUGAGAAACGGACAGAAAGAGGAACCAUCAAUUCGAAGGAUCAUUUUAAAACAAGACUCAUAACUUCUGCUGCUACUUCUGCUGCUACUACUGCUACUAUUACUGCGGCUACUGCUAUAGGGGGUGCAUCUGUGUCCUCCAGCAAUAUUUACCAGUGUAUCGAGACUUAGACAAGACUUCACCAUUAAACAAGAUGAAAAUCUCGGAACAGGGAAGGAGAAAAAUAACUCGAAGAACGAGAAGGACAAGAGGAAGGCGCGACACUGACACACAAACGCACACACACAUAAAACGGAAGCCACUACAGGCUUUAGACCUCUCAUGUGACUCUGGCAAUAGUGACCCCAGUGUUACCAAUCCCCUGUGUGACUCUAGGAGCGCGGACAGCUGGAAACAAGGGCUGGGGAGACCGGGAGUGAGGUCAGGGGUCACAGGAGAGGGAAACAGUGCUCUUCCUCUUCCUCCUCGCUGCAGUUCAGGUCACCACAGCCUUGCCGCAGCCAGCCACACCCACCACGGGCCUCCACACACCCUCACGCAGCAGUGCCAAGGCUGGACACAGCACUGCACAGCCCAGAACAGUCUAUGCCUAAUUCUCUAGUCAUUUAUAUUCAGAAUUUAACCCCCCUUGUGAGGACAGCGACUACCACCACCACCACCACCAGCACAGCCAAGCAGAUGCAGACACAGAAGAAGGUUUUGUAAUAAUAAUAAUAAUAAUGUUUAAAAAUAAUCAAAUUGAAAAUAUUGAGAUAAAAAGGAAGAUUUCUCUCUCUCUCUCUCUCUCUCUCUCUCUCUCUCUCUCUCUCUCUCUCUCUCUCUCUCUCUCUCUCUCUCUCUCUCUCUCUCUCUCUCUCUCUCUCUCUCUCUCUCUCU